AAAUGUCUUGCUGUCGGAGAUGGGGGAUGUGAAGCUGGCCGACUUUGGCGUCGCUGGUCAGCUGACGAACACGACCAAUAAACGGAACACGUUUGUGGGGACUCCAUUCUGGAUGGCCCCUGAGGUCAUCAAACAGUCGGCCUACGACACCAAGGCUGACAUCUGGAGUUUGGGGAUCACUGCCAUAGAACUGGCCAAGGGGGAACCUCCCAACUCUGACCUCCAUCCAAUGAGGGUCCUGUUCCUGAUCCCUAAAAAUAACCCCCCACAGCUGACCGGGAACUUCUCCCGACUGUUCAAGGAGUUUGUGGAGCUGUGCCUUAAUAAGGACCCCAACAAUAGGCCUUCAGCAAAGGAACUGUUAAAACACCCCUUCAUUAGGAGGGCCAGGAAGACAACAUAUCUACAAGAAUUAAUUGAUCGAUAUCAGCGCUGGAAACAGGAGAAGGGGAACGACUCCGACUCAGACUCCGAGAGUGACGAAGAUGUUCAGGAAGACGAAAUGCAGGGAGACUGGAUCAUGACAAUUAAGGAAGCUGACAAAGAGUUAAAGGAAAGACUGAUGAAUGGCAACGAUCAGCAGAAUUCUAGAAACCUGGGGCCUUCGUAUGACACGGGGUUGAAGUCGAGCCAGUCGGAAUCGACACCCAAUAUAAACAUGGCCCCGGUCAUACACAGCCGGACUGAGUCGGCACCGGUACUCAGUGACUACAAAGACGCAGGAUCCCCUGUUCACCUCCGUAGUAAAUCUGACACCACCACCCCUGUUGUUGUCUCUCCCUAUAAAUCCAAUAUUAGCUUGUUUGGACAACCUCAUCACCACUCCAUCAUUAAUAAUAGACCUCCUAUAUCACGCCCUAAAUCCCAGUACGAUAUUCCCAACCCCGGCCACGCCCUGGGGGCCAACUCUAGCCAUGCCCCCGUGUAUGUGGGGCCACCCCACCACAUCCUAGAGGCCGCACCCUACAGGAAUUACCAGCGGCAGCCCGCCCCCCAGCCCCCUCAGAGGCCGGUGUCACAGUACGACAUUCCACGACAGUCCCCCUCCCUCACUUCCACAGUAGGACCGCUAUUAUUACAGUUGAAGGAGGAGUAUCGGGAGGACUAUAGACGUCGUGGACACCCUGUACAGAGGACGGAGGCCGUGGACGAGCUCAGGAACGCGUUCGAGCUGGCCGAGCGAUCGUGUGCCGGAAUCACCGACGACUUCUUAACAGGGGUCAUCAGUCGAUUGUCAAACACAGCAGCAGUACCAGAGACCGAGAUCAGAAGGGCGAUAGACAGAGUCAAAAGACCUUCCUAGCAGUGAGAUGUAGAGGACCAGUGUGUUAAGUGCUAGGACAGAGACAUGAAGAGAGAAGUGAGGGCAACUGAGGACAUAGGGCUCCUCAGACAGGACACAUUCCUUUUGUGUGAUUUAUAUAAAAUAUAUAAAUAUAUAUAUAUAACUCUAUGGACUGCAUUAGCAGCGAUAAUGAAUUCCUAUACAAGACGUAUACUCUUCCCCCGUGACGAUGUCAGGAGUGCGAUGAUGGCUAUAUCCCUCGAGGGCAGCAUUAUAAAAGAUGAACUGGUUAGAAUUCUGUUUCCAGAUAUUGCUGUGUUACAGUGUGUACCUCAGCUGUGAGUGUGUGGAUCAGGACUUGAUCUGUAGGUCAAGAGGAUCCGGAAUAUCCAGAUGGAGGAGUUCUCUAAAACUGGGUCGAUUGUGGCUUCCUGUUACCGUGGUGACCAGGUAGAGGUCUGAGUCACCACAAUAGAAUUUCUCCUCGAGGAGAUCAAGUGAAGCUGUUAAAUUCUAUACAGGAGAGAUUUUAUCUGUUAUCAAUGGUUCUGCCUCGGUUAGCACUGUAACCAAAGUUUCACUUUUUUUCAGGGACUGUCUUUAAGUAUUUAUUUCUUAUUUAGACUGACUGCUUUCUCUAUUUGAUUAGAGGCCUAAUGUUGACAAGUUAAUCGAAUUGACUGCCUUCUUUUGUCAUUAGUUAUCAUUCUCAUAUCACUGAUGUACUGUCCUCACCACAUUGAAUAAGUAACUACUCCUUACACUAGCUUUAGAAAAGUAUUUGGUGCUAUUUUUUUGAAACAACAUUUUCUGGAAUAUUUUUGAUUUUGCAUUUUGAAAUAUACAUACAUGUAGGUCUUUAUGAUAGUACUAGAUUUGUAACAGGAAUACAAUUUUCUUUAUAAAUGUAGGUCUAGUUUGACCAUUGUAGACUCCAAUUAAGAAUUAAAUUAUUGGAUAUAACAAGACUUUCGAAACCUGAUUCAAGCUGUUUUGAGGCUGUACUCUGUUUAUCUGAUCAGUUGAGAAAAUAUCUACUUUUGUAACAUAAUAAAGCCAAUGUAAUGAAAAAGAAAUGUACAAAAUCUAAUUAUUAAGGCAUAUAGAUCCUCAGUCAUGAUCAAUAUCUUAUGAUCCCUAGCAAUUGCACUUUUGAGGUAUACAUAUGUCAUCAUGAUUAUUGUACAGGGAUGCAAUGUCCUUUUUGAAUUUAAGACCUUUCUACCUUCAAUGAAAAAUCAAGUGGUUUGAUUUACAAGACUUUUGAAACAUGAACUGAGCUGUUUUGAGAGUACUUUGAACAUAUUAUACUAGUGUAUCUGAUCAAUUUUGAAAAAAUAGUCUACAUUUUGAUGUGUUAGAAAACUCCUCUUUCCUAGCAAAUUGAUUCAUGGAAUGUACAAAUAACUCCAGUGGAUAUUGUGAUACUCUGUAACUUGUCAGCAUUAGGCCCCUGUCGGGUUUAUCCACAAUACUUCAUUGUAUGUCAGCUAACCUUAUGACAUAUUGUCAAAGCAGAAAAAAAUUAUCAAUAUUUUGUUUUUCUUUGUGGAGAGUUAUGACCAUAUCUAAUGACUGAGUGAAAGUGUUGAGUGUAUUUUUAACGAGAGAAUUAAGAAAGAUGUCAAGCUGAAGUUAUUGUUAUUUUAUGAUUAGUACAUUUAUUUUCAUGUUUAUUAAAGGUACAUAUUAUAUUAAUGUAUUUCAUGUGAAUGUGUGAAUGGGAAUUGUUACACGAGAAAAUGAGUUUGUUUUUGUAAAAAAGGAAGUACAUGCAGUGUAAAAAUCAUGGAUGCUUUCUUUUAAGAUAUAAAUUUGUCACAAAUGAUUGUAAGCCAAAAACUUCUGAAAUCUGUUCAAAUAUUUAGAAUCUUUCAUAAAAAAAAUUUUAUUUUCUUUAUGAAAGCUGCAAAAAAGUCUCUCAGAUAAACUUCCUGUCAUGAGUUACUUCCCUUCUUUUGAGUUAUCUCUCUUUGUCAUCUGUUUCCUGUCAUCACUUAUCUCCCUUGACAGUCUCUUCUUGAAGAAUAUUUAGUAUCCAUAAGUUUUCUUUUUCCUGGACUCUGAUAAUAAUGGAUGGUGCUUCUAAGAACACAGAGAGACCUUUAAUGUAGUCCCUGAUUUCACAUGUAUUCUGUAUACUAUCAUUUUAAUUAUUCUCUAUUAUAUCGGUACUAUUGUGUAAAUGGGGUUGGUAAUAGAAAUAUACCUAUUUUUUCCUUAUCUAUUCUGACCUGUGUAUAACAAAUAAUCAAGGCUGUGAACUGUAGCUUGUAUCUGCCACAAAAUCUAUUAAAUUCUUUUUAUUUUAAUCUAGCAGAAAACUUUAAGAAAUAAAAAAAAUAUCAUGUAAUUUUGCCAAACUAUUUAUUCUUUUGAAAAUUUAUUAUAUUUUCAUUUUCAAAUAAGAUCCCUUUGAAUAUGAUUCCUUAAAUUUCUGUGUGAUACAAUGUUCCACCUGAGGAAGGUUUUUGAAUACAACAGAAAAAUGUUCUUGUGUAAGCCUCUAGUUGUGUUACUUAUGUCACGGGUAAAAUAAAUAAAUGGUUUACAUUGAUUUAUAAUAACUGCUGGACAGUCAUUUGUAAACAGAACCAAUGCCCCCUCUGUAUCCAACACUUUAAAUGCCUAUAGUUGUGUGGAUACUGACUAUCAUUUCAUUUCUAUAGUUCACAUCUUUUGGUAUCUACCUGUACCUGUUGAAACAAAGGGUGAUGCUACUUUAUUAGUGUUAACUACCUGUGUUUCUUUUUUUAUUUACAUCUGACUAUAUUGGUUAAGCAGUUUGUUUUCGUUAUUUUUGGCUUGAAUGGUUGGCAGCGAUUGAAUGGUUGUAUUUCAGUAAAGGUUUGAUGUAUAACUAGAGUGAUGUGUAUUACAAUCAUGUAGCAGAAGAUGACUAUAUAUAUAUAUAUAUUUAUAAUUUAUAACACGUGUAAAUAGAUUAGUUUUAACACUUUUUUUCAACCCUUUGUUAAUUUUUCAGAGGGAUCGUGUUAUCUCUAUAUGGCAUCCAUUUUGAAUUUUUCCCAGAAUUCACUAUUCAGGUCAGGAAGUCUCUUGUGUGAAUUUUUUUUUUUUCAAAUUGAGAUUGAAACUUGAAGAAAAAUCUCCAAUAUAUUUCAGUUGUUUACUCUCUUUUUAUGUUAUAAUGUAUUUUUAAAGAUUUUUUUUUUCAAAUUGAUAAGAUAAAAUAACAUUCCAAACUUUGAAAUGUAGAUAAAAAUAUAUGAGAUCUUUGAUGUUACUGUAUUGUUAUUUAUGUGAAGUUAUUUAAAUAGAGAGAAAAAAAAACAUGGAUUAUAAUUCUGAAGAUGUGAAUACAAUGUAUCCUGGAGAACAGCAAAAUCUUCCUUUAGUUUUAUUAUUGGAUGUUAGAUAUUGAGAGGUUUGAUAUUUUUUCUCAAAGAAUUGAAAAUCAAAAUUAAUGUCUUACCAGAUUAUAUUUGUUGACCAUAAGCUGUUAACCAAAUCUGACGGAAUUUGUGUAAAAUGCCUUGAUUUUUUCUGUUGUUGAUGUUACACUUUAUAGAGUUGUCGUUCUUUACUUUAGAAGGAACGAUAACUCGUGUGAGAAAGAAAUAUAUUGACGACAUCGUUACACUUGGUUCUUUUGUGAAUAUUAUAGUUGUAUGUGUAGAAAAAAUGAAGACAGAAAUGGGGAAAAUUUCGAGAACAUUUGUGAUGUUUAUAAACUUAAUUAAGAAAAGUGUGAAAAAAAGUUAUACAAGUUUGAUGUACACAUGAAAAGAGAGACUAUAUUAAACAUAUACUCGUCAGUUCAUAAGAAUACGUGCUUUCUAAUUUUCAUGUACUAAUGAUUAUACACAAAUAAAUUCCAGAAUAAUGUUA